CUCCUCUCCGGUCUCUGCCGAAAACCUUCUCUGUUCCCACCUAGCUGCUGCCGCAGCUCUGUUCUUCCUCACCCCUUGUUUCUCAAACUUCUAUCUUCCCAAUCAAACGAGUAAAUCAUCUCCUCGGUGAUCGCUCCAUUUCCCAAAUCCCUAGAGACUCGAAAUCCGAAUUUCUAUCAGUUUCAUUCUUUUCUACUUUUGGGAUCUGGGUUCUGAAGAGUUCAUGUUUUCCUUCUUGGGUUUUUCGGAUACUGCUCGGUUUUUUAAUUUAUUUCUUGAAUUAGUAAAAAAAGGACAGUCAGUGAGCGAGUGAGCUAGUACAGAAGCAAAAGGAGGGGAAAGCACAGAAAUGGCUCAAAGGUUAGAUUUUAAGGUGCUGAUGGGGAAGGAGAGCAAGAAGGGAGGAGGAACUCCGGUGGUGGUGAAAAUGGAGAACCCAAACUACUCGGUGGUUGAAAUCGACGGCCCAGAUGCUGCAUUGCGGCCUGUGGACAAGAGCAGAGGCAAAAACGCAAAGCAGGUCAGAUGGGUUUUGCUUCUCAAAGCUCACCGUGCCGUCGGCUGCGUGGCCUGGCUCGCCGGUCUCUUCUGGGCAUUGCUUGGAACCAUCAAAAAGCGCCUCUUUUUCAGGGAAGGAGUCACAGUCGCCACUGAGAAGCUCGGCAAAGGGAAGUUGGUCCUUCGAGUCAUCAGGGUUUUCUUAGUCACUUCUCUUGUAAUUCUGGGGUUUGAAGUUGCUGCUUAUCUAAAAGGCUGGCAUUAUUUCGAGGCUUCCGCUGCUGCUGAAUAUCUUCAUCGGAUUCCAAUGGCCGCUCCCAAUUUGCUUCACAUGUUCUAUGUUGCGUGGCUCAAUUUUCGUGCUGAUUACAUCGCUCCCACCAUUCUGGGUCUCUCCAAUUUCUGCGUUGCUCUGUUCCUUGUGCAGUCUGUGGACCGUCUGGUGCUCUGUUUAGGUUGUUUGUGGAUUAAGUUUAAGAAGAUUAAGCCUGAGAUUCGAGGAGGAGAUCCCUUCAAGUCUCCAGAUAUUGAGGCCUUGGAUUAUAAAUGGCCCAUGGUUCUUGUUCAAAUUCCAAUGUGUAACGAAAGAGAGGUGUAUGAUCAGUCGAUCUCUGCAGUUUGUCAGCUCGAUUGGCCGAAAGACAGGAUCUUGAUCCAAGUUCUAGAUGAUUCAGAUGACGAGGACAUCCAAUGGUUAAUUAGAGGCGAGGUUGAUAAAUGGAGACAAAAGGGGGUCAACAUUAUCUAUAGACAUAGGUUGCUUAGAACUGGUUACAAGGCUGGAAACCUCAAUUCAGCAAUGGGCUGUGAUUAUGUUAAGGACUAUGAGUUUGUUGCAAUUUUCGAUGCUGACUUCCAGCCCAAUCCCGACUACCUCAAGCUGACCGUGCCACAUUUUAAGGACAAUCCUGAACUGGGUCUAGUUCAAGCGAGAUGGUCAUUUGUGAACAAGGAUGAAAAUUUGCUGACUCGUUUACAGAACAUCAAUCUAUGUUUCCACUUUGAGGUUGAACAGCAAGUUAAUAGUGUCUUCAUGAAUUUCUUUGGCUUUAAUGGAACUGCUGGGGUUUGGAGAAUCAAGGCCCUCGAGGAAUCCGGUGGAUGGCUCGAGAGAACAACCGUCGAGGACAUGGACAUUGCUGUUCGUGCUCAUCUCAAUGGCUGGAAAUUCAUCUUCCUAAAUGAUGUCAAGGUUCUCUGUGAACUUCCUGAGUCCUAUGAAGCAUAUAGAAAACAGCAGCAUCGCUGGCACUCCGGCCCAAUGCAGCUUUUCCGCUUGUGUCUUCCUGCAAUAUUAACAUCUAAGAUAGCAUUAUGGAAGAAGGCAAACUUGAUAUUCCUCUUCUUCCUACUGAGAAAACUAAUCCUGCCAUUCUAUUCCUUCACACUGUUCUGCAUAAUCCUCCCACUAACCAUGUUCGUCCCAGAAGCCGAACUCCCACUGUGGGUCAUCUGUUAUGUCCCCAUCGUAAUGUCGUUCAUGAACAUCGUCCCAGCUCCAAAAUCUUUCCCUUUCGUCGUCCCUUACCUUCUCUUUGAAAACACAAUGUCUGUCACCAAGUUCAACGCGAUGGUCUCUGGGCUGUUCCAGUUGGGAAGCUCUUAUGAAUGGGUCGUUACAAAGAAGGCCGGCAGAUCAUCAGAAUCAGACCUACUGGCUGCCGCAGAGAGGGAAUCGAAGACCUCAACAAUUCAGCCACAGUUACAUAGAGGAUCUUCAGAGAGCGAAAUUGGACAGUUGAGUUUACUGAAGGAGAAGGCAGAAGCUGUGCCGAAACUGAAAAAGAAAGUGAACAAACUGUACAGGAAGGAGUUGGCUCUGGCAUUCCUACUGCUCACAGCUUCUGUCAGGAGCUUGCUGUCUGCUCAAGGUGUCCAUUUCUACUUCCUUCUGUUCCAAGGUGUGACAUUUCUCUUGUUGGAGGACGAGGUCUACAUUCUACUGGACCAUAACAUCAUCAUAACGACGUCGUUAUACGUGUGGUGUGAUGGAAAUGAUGUAAAGCAAUUUAGCUACGACAUAAAUAUGGUGUUUAGUAUGUGCAUGGCUGAUACCGCCUGA